AAAAGGAUUACGCAAUCUAACACCUUCAAAUUCAGUAUAAGAAUAAGAAGAAGAAGAAAUCUCAUUCGAAGUUAUUGGAAACAUUGCAAUGGCGGAAUCAAUUCUAUACAAUAUUGCGGCACCCUUGUAACCAAAUUGGGCUCUCCUGCACUCGCUGAGUUUCAAUUGCUUUGGGGCCUCGAGGAUGAGCUUACCAAACUCAAACAUACCAUUGAAGCCAUGGAAGCUGCGCUUCUUGAUGCAGAGGAGCAACAGUUCAAGAACCAUGAAAAGAAGAAUUGGAUUUCAAGGGUCAAGGAUGUUUUCUACGAUGCCGAUGACUUGAUUGACGAGUUUGCUUAUGAAACCUUGAGGCGGCAAGUUAUAGCCGAAAGUAGAAGAGGGGUGAAAGAGGUACGCGAAGUUUUGUCUAUGCCUCAUCAUAUUGCAUUUCGUUUUAAAAUGAGUCACAGAAUUAAAGAUAUUAGAGAAAAACUGAAUGCUAUUGAUGUCGAUAAAACACAAUUUCAUUGCUCGAAGAGUGUUAGAGAUACUCGAAUUGAUGAGCUGAGGGAGACUCGAGAGACUUACUCUAUUAUACAUGAUGAUGAAGUGGUUGGUAGGGAGGACGACAAAAAAGCAAUUAUGGAUCUUCUGUUAGAUACAAAUAUUGAAGCCAAGGAGAAUAUUGCAACGAUUGCCAUAGUUGGAAUGGGAGGAUUGGGAAAGACCGCACUUGCACAAUCUGUCUACAAUGAUGAGAACACAACAAAACAUUUUAUGUUGAAAUUAUGGGUGUGUAUUUCGGAACAGUUUGAUGUGAAUGUUAUUGUUCAAAAGAUUAUAGAGUCUGCAACAGGAAAGAAGCCUGAGAUCCUUCAAAUAGAGUUUUUACAAAGUGAACUUCGAAAGCAUAUUGAUGGGAAAAAGUACUUGCUCAUCAUGGAUGAUGUGUGGAAUGAAAAUUACGAGAAAUGGGUUAAGCUUAAAACAUUGUUAAAGGAUGGUGCAAAAGGUAGUAGAAUAUUGAUCACAACACGUCAUCAGCGAGUUGCAGAGACUUUUGAUACAAUUUUAUCUUAUGUUUUAGGGCAAUUGGACUAUCAAAGCGCUUGGCUAUUGUUUAAAAAAGUGGCUUUCAGAGAUGAGAAACCAGAAAAAGAACUUGCAAAUUCAGAUAUAGUCAAAAUUGGAAAGGAGAUUGUGGCAAAGUUAAAAGGCCUUCCUCUUGCAAUAAGAAUCAUAGGAAGUCUUUUGUAUGCUAAAAAACCAGAACAUCAUCUUUGGUUGGCUUUCAAGGAUAAAGAGUUUUCUCGAGUUUUGGAGCAAAGAGAAGAGGCACAAUUCAUGCUAUCAAUAUUGGAGCUCAGUUAUAAUCAUCUUCCAUCGAGUUUGAAGCAAUGUUUUACAUAUUGUUCUUUAUUCCCCAAAGAUUAUAUCUUUCAAAAGGAUGAUAUGAUAAAGCAAUGGGUGGCGCAAAGUUUCGUUCAAUCAAUUGGAACAAUUGAGCCAAAUGAUAUUGGAGAAGAUUAUUUCAUGGAAUUAUUAUCAAGAUCAUUCUUUCAAGAUGUCACAAGAAAUGAGAUGGGUGACAUAGUAGAGUGUAAGAUGCAUGAUUUGAUGCAUGAUCUUGCUUGUUCAAUAAUGAAAAAUGAAUGUGUUUCUAUGGAAGUGAAUGAUAGGGUGGUCAUUGAAAGAACCAGACAUAUCUCAAUUUACCGUAAAUUCGGUAUAAAAUUGGAGUCCUUGAAAUUAUUGUUUGAGGCAAAAAAUUUGAGGACAUUAAUUAUUGAUGCUCAAUGUCAAGAUUGCCAUAGUUGGAAUGGGAGGAUUGGGAAAAACCGCACUUGCACAAUCUAUCUACAACAAUAAGAACGAAAUGGAACAUUUUAAGUUAAAAUUAUGGGUGUGUAUUUCAGAACAGUUUGAUGGGAAGGUUAUUGUUGAAAAGAUUAUAGAGUCUGCAACAGGAAAGAAGCCUGAGAUCCUUCAAAUGGAUUUGUUGCAAAGUGAACUUCGAAAGCAUAUUGAUGG